AUGGGUUGGUUAGUUAAGGAAAGAAGAGGAGGUGCAUGGAAGCGAGGAUGGUUAGAGGAAACACUUUUCACGUCAUCAGCACCUCCUCUUACACUGCUUACUCUCUUUGCUAUCAUAUCUCUGCUCCUCUUUGUCUCCUCCUACCCACGUUACAGAUCCUCUUACUACGUCAGAGCAAACCAGGCCGCGUCCGUUUUUGAAGAAGGCCACUUUCCCUGGGGAAUCUUGCUUAUGCUAGUUCUUAUACUUCUUUUGGUUUCUAAACAGUCUUAUUUUCACUCCUUAUGGUACCCGACCUUGUGAUUCCAUAGUUUUUAUUAUUUUGUACGGCUUGAAGAAUGAUAAUGUUAAAAGUCUUAAGAAAAUAUUUUGUACGGCUGAAGAAUAUUCUUACAUAUAUAUGUUUUGUUGGCAAAUAA